CUCAAUUGCAACUGCUCCUUCACUGAUGGCUCAUGGUUAUCAACAUUUUUCUUACAGGGCAAGAUCUUGCUGGUGUUCUUCCACCAUCUAUUGCAAAGUUACCUUACCUCAGACAAAUCGAUUUCACGAGGAACUUUCUUAGUGGUAAUAUACCGAGUGAAUGGGGUUCUACAAAGUUGGAAUAUAUGUCCUUCAACGUGAACAACUUGUCUGGACCAAUCCCUGCCUUCCUUGGAAACAUUACCACGCUUAGAUACUUGAACCUAGAGACUAAUAUGUUUACGGGGACUAUUCCUCCUGAACUUGGGAAGUUGGUUAACUUACAAAAUCUAAUUAUCAGUGCAAACAAUCUCACAGGAGUCUUACCAGUGGAUCUUACUAAUCUGACCAAAUUGACAGAACUGAGGAUUAGCAGUAACAAUUUCACUGGAAGAAUUCCCGACUAUUUCCGAAGUUGGAGUCAACUUAUAAAACUAGAGAUCCAAGCUAGUGGUCUAGAAGGCCCCAUUCCAUCUAGUAUCUCUGUCUUGAGUAAUUUAACAGAACUAAGGAUCAGUGACUUAAAUGGAGGGGGUUCAGUAUUUCCGAAUUUGACUAAUAUGAAAAGCAUGAAAAGAUUAAUGCUAAGGAGCUGUAAUUUACUUGGACCUAUUCCGGAUUUAAGACCAAUGGCACAUGUGAAUAAAUUAGAUCUCAGCUUCAACAAAUUGGAAGGGAGUUUUCCUGAUGUUGAAGUUAUGAGUUCAAGCAUUCCAAAAGAAAGAUGCAUGUUGUGGUUGGAGUUUCAGUUGGAGCUUCCAAUUUUGUGCCUUGUCUUCUUAAUUUUUGGCAUUCUUUGGUGGAGAGGUUGUCUGGUGGAUAGCCAGACAUCAAGGGAAAAAGUUCUGAGAGGAAUGGAUCUGCAGACUGGCUUUUUCACCUUGAGGCAAAUUAAAGCUGCCACUAAUAACUUUGAUCCUUCAAACAAAAUUGGAGAGGGUGGUUUUGGGCCCGUCUACAAGGGUAUACUAUUGGAUGGUACUAUAAUUGCAGUUAAGCAACUAUCCUCAAAAUCAAAGCAGGGAAAUCGUGAAUUUGUGAACGAAAUAGGGAUGAUCUCUUGCUUGCAGCAUCCAAACCUGGUUAGAAUGUACGGAUGUUGUAUUGAAGCAAACCAGUUAUUGUUGGUAUAUGAGUACAUGGAAAACAAUAGCCUUGCUCGCGCUUUGUACGGUCCAGAGGAUGAUCUCCUAAACUUGGACUGGCCUACAAGGCACAAAAUAUGCGUAGGCAUAGCAAAAGGUCUGGCUUAUCUGCACGAGGAAUCGGCAGUGAAGGUUGUACAUAGAGACAUCAAAACUACGAAUGUGCUACUGGACCAAGACCUCAAUGCUAAGAUCUCAGAUUUUGGUUUGGCCAGGCUUGACGAAGAGGAGAAGACUCACAUUAGCACCAAGGUUGCUGGAACUAUAGGAUACAUGGCACCGGAAUAUGCGUUAUGGGGUUGUUUGACCUACAAGGCAGAUGUCUACAGUUUUGGAGUUGUUGCAUUAGAAACUGUUUCAGGAAAGAACAACAUGAAAUAUCGACCCAAUGAGAACAUUCAAUGUCUUAUGGAUUGGGCCCAUGUUUUGCAUCAAAAAGGGAACUUACUGGAGCUGGUGGAUCCGAGGUUGGGAUCCGAUUUCAAUAAGAAAGAGGCGCUUAGAACUAUCAAAGUAGCUCUGCUGUGCGCCAAUCCAACAGCUGCACUCAGGCCUAUCAUGUCUGCAGUAGUGAGUAUGCUUGAAGGGCGAACCCCAGUGGAUGAAGUGGCUUUGGAUCCAAGUAUCCAUGGUGAUGAAAUGACGAGGUUAAGAGCCUUUGAAAACCUGUCUGAGCAAAAUGCACAAGGGAUCAGCUCAGCAAGUGGAAGUCAUAGCCUCGUGCGUUCAUCAGAUGCACCAUGGACUGGUUCUUUUGAUACUACUACGUCUUCAGAUCUCUAUAAACACAGCCAUAGCUCAUCAAAGAGGACCAAGUUUCAGGGAGCAAUAAGAUCGAUUAGUGUUGGAUGCAAGAAGAAAAUGAAGAUGGCAAUAGGAGCUGGGUUAUUUCUGCCUAAUAGUGGUGGGAAAACCAUCAUGAACCUCAUCGUGGUGGUGAUGCUGGUUAUUAGCUGCGAUAAUGGAUUAGUCGAAGUUGAGGCGCUUACAACUCUUCUUCCUGCUUCUGAAGUGGCUGCCCUAAAAGAAAUUGCUACACAGAUAGGAAAAACAGACUGGGACUUCAGCGUAGACCCGUGCCUGAAUGACACAACCCACACAAGCUGGGCUACACCAAAGUCUGCUGAUAGGCCUCUAUUCAACAACACUCUCACCUGCAACUGCUCCUUCCCUGAUGGCUCAUGCCAUGUCAUUAACAUUAUUCUUAGAGGGCAAGAUCUUGCUGGUGUUCUUCCACCAUCUAUUGCAAAAUUACCCUACCUUACACAAAUUGAUUUCACGAGGAACUUUCUUAGUGGUAAUAUACCGAGUGAAUGGGGCUCUACAAAGUUGGAAUAUAUGUCCUUUAAUGUGAACAACUUAACUGGACCAAUCCCUGCUUUCUUGGGGAACAUUACCACUCUAAGAUACUUGAAUCUAGAGACUAACAUGUUCAAUGGAACUGUUCCUCCUGAGCUUGGGAAUUUGGUUAACUUACAGAAUCUCAUUAUCAGUACAAACAAUCUCACAGGAGUGUUGCCAGUGAAUCUCACUAGCCUGAGCAAAUUAGCAGAACUGAGGAUUAGUAGUAACAACUUCACUGGAAAAAUUCCGCAUUAUUUCCAGAGUUGGAAUCAACUUACGCAAUUAGAGAUCCAAGCUAGUGGUUUACAAGGCCCUAUUCCAUCUAGCAUUUCUGUUUUGAGGAAUUUAACAGAAUUAAGGAUCAGCGACUUAAAUGGAGGGGGUUCAGUGUUUCCAGACUUAAGUAAUAUGACAAGCUUGCAAAGAUUAAUGCUGAGGAGCUGUAAUUUAAAUGGAUCUAUUCCUGAUUUAUCAGCAAUGACAGCAUUGAAUAUCUUGUAUCUGACAAGCAACUUGCUCAAUGGCUCUAUUCCAGACUGGAUUAAGAGCAGUGAUAACCGCUACCAGAUAGAUGUUUCUUACAAUAAUUUUUUGGAGAGCUCUGAGCCAACUACGUGUACUGAAUAUGUGAACGUGUUCAAAAGCUCUGCCGUACCAAACAACUCCUUAUCUGGAGCAUGCCUGGAUAAAUUUCCAUGUACCGAAGUUCAGUACUCAUUGCAUAUAAACUGUGGUGGUAAAGAAACCACUAUUGAUGACAUCACAUUCCAAGAUGAUACAAAUCUAAGAGGUGGAGCGAACUUUGUUCCUGCAAAUCCUAACUGGGGAGUCAGUAGCACAGGCUUUUUCUGGGAUACUGAUCUCACCUCUACAGACUACAUAGCAAAUAAUGUAUCGGCACUUGAAAUGGAGAACUCUCAAUUGUACACGAAUGCACGCCUCACUCCUCUUUCUCUCACGUAUUAUGCAAACUGCUUAGCAGAAGGAAACUAUACUGUGAGCCUUCACUUUGCGGAGAUAAUAAUCAGUGGCAAUAAAUCUUAUCAAAGUGUUGGAAGACGGAUAUUUGAUGUCUAUAUUCAGGAGAAACUUGUAUUGAAGGAUUUUGACAUUGUAAAAGCAGCACAAGGGGUUGAUAAGGUAGUCAUAGUGGACACAAAAGCGGUUCAAGUUACAAACAGAUCCCUAGAGAUUCGGUUUCAUUGGUCUGGAAAAGGCACAACAGCAUCCCCUGAACGAGGAGUCUAUGGUCCCCUUAUAUCAGCCAUUUCUAUAGAGCCUGAGUUCAAGAUUCCUAAAACUCAUGAUAGUAAAAGAAAGAUGUACAUUGUGGUUGGAGUUUCAGUUGGAGCUUCAGUUUUGUGCCUCUUUAUCUUCAUUUUUUGCAUUCUUUGGUGGAAAGGCUGUCUGGUGGAUAGCGAGACAUCAAGGGAAGAAGCUCUGAGAGGACUGGAUCUGAAGACUGGCUUUUUCACCUUGAGGCAAAUUAAAGCUGCCACUAAUAACUUUGAUCCUUUGAACAAAAUUGGGGAAGGUGGUUUUGGUUGUGUCUACAAGGGCACAUUAUUGGAUGGCACUGCAAUUGCAGUUAAGCAACUCUCAUCAAAAUCAAAGCAAGGAAAUCGUGAGUUUGUGAAUGAAAUAGGCAUGAUAUCUGGUUUACAACAUCCAAAUGUGGUUAGAUUAUACGGUUGCUGUAUUGAAGGAAACCAAUUACUGUUGGUGUACGAAUACAUGGAAAAUAACAGCCUUGCACAUUCUUUGUUUGAGGAAGAGAAAGGUUUUCUAAAUCUGGACUGGCCAACAAGGCAAAAGGUAUGCCUAGGCAUAGCAAGAGGUUUGGCUUUUCUGCACGAGGAAUCAACACUGAAGGUUGUACAUAGAGACAUCAAAACGACAAAUGUAUUACUGGACAAAGACCUCAAUGCUAAGAUUUCGGACUUUGGUUUAGCCAAGCUUGACGAAGAGGAGAACACACACAUUAGCACAAGAAUUGCUGGAACAAUAGGUUACAUGGCUCCGGAAUAUGCACUAUGGGGUUGUUUGACCUACAAAGCAGAUGUCUACAGUUUUGGUGUUGUUGCAUUAGAAAUUGUUGCCGGAAAGAACAACAUGAAGUUUCGACCAAAUGAUGAUUUUGUAUGCCUUGUGGAUUGGGCCCUUGUUUUACAACAAAAAGGGAAUUUAAAGGAGCUGGUGGAUCAGCGUCUCGGGUCAGAUUACAACAAGGAACAGGCCAUUAGAAUGGCCAAAGUUGCUUUGUUGUGCACCAAUUCAGCACCAUCGCUUAGGCCUACCAUGUCCGUAGUAGUGAGCAUGCUGGAAGGGAAGACCGCGGUCCCUGAGUUGAUCAUGGAUCCUAGCAUAUACGGUGAUAAAAUGAGGAUGACAGCCUUGAGAAACCAGUUUGAUCAAAUUGUACAGGACAGCUCAAUUCGAUCUCAAUCAAGCUACUCUGAAUCUCAGAGCCUCAUUGAGUUUUCAGAUGUACCAUGGACUGGUUCUACGGGUACUACUGCGUCUUCCGAUCUCUACAAACGUAAUCCUUAGUUCUUAGUAACUUGUACACCAAGGAAAGAGUUUCUUGUAAAGUUUUUCUUAAUUCUUUUAAAAAGAUAAUCUAGAUUUCAUCUUCAUAGUAUCGAAAAGUUAUCAGUACCCGAAUGUGUAUAUUUUCACCGGAUUGAUUCAUGUAAACCCUUAUAUCUUGAUUUAUGAACAAAUUAGCACCAAUGUG